AAACAGAAAAACCAAAAAGAAGUGUUUGGAUCCAUACCAGCACUCGAACAGCCGCUUUUCAUUUUCUUCACUCUCGAUUUCAUCUCCCAAACAGAUCGCAAUUUUAACCCCCCUUCUCGUUUUUGUCCGAAACCAAUUAGUCUCUGUACUUGUAUUUCACUUGCUCACAUACCCAGUUCAGUUCUUGAUUUUCAGGUAGGUGAGUGAUUUUUGGAUGUUCAAGGAGAUGGUGAGUGUGAAGAGGGAAGCACUUGUGGCAUGCAUGACAUGCCCUAUUUGCAAUCACAUUUUCAGAGAUGCUACAACUAUCUCUGAGUGUCUCCACACGUUCUGUAGAAAGUGCAUUUGCAAGAAAUUGUCAGACGAGGAACUAGAACGUUGUCCGGUAUGCGACAUUGAUUUGGGCGUUGUGCCAGAGGAGAAGCUGAGGCCAGAUCAUAAUUUGGAAGACUUAAGAGCAAAGAUCUUUCCUUACAAGAGAAGAAAGCUGGAUCCAUCUGAAGAUCUUUCCUCGUUUGCAUUACCUUCAAGAAGAAAGGAAAAGUCACUCUCUUCUUUGGUGGUCAACAGUCCUAGAGUUUCGUCAAAGACUGCACUGACUGGGAGAAGAUCAAAAGCUCCUGUAAGAAAACCGCUGCGAGGUUCGAGUUUUUCAGUUGAAAAACAGAUAAAGAAAGAAGAAAAUUUUGCGAGCUUUAUAUCACGUGAGACACCAACCAAGCAGAAUUCUUCAAAUGGUGAGCCUUCUAGCCAUUCUACACCUAAUAUAGGAACAGAAAAUGGUGCUAGCACAGGUGAGGGAAAAGUUAAUGUUUGGAAGCCACUGAACUUUCUUGUAGAAGCUGCAAAUAGGAAUAAAUCUGCGAAGUUCACAUCACAAGGAUCUACAUCCAAAUCACAACCUACCAAUGCUGCAAAAGCUAAACAACUUGCUUUUAGAAAUAAGCGGAAAAUCGAAGAUGAGAAUUAUAGCACUGGUAUACACCUUCCUGAAUCUAGAAAACCCAAAAGAAUCCAAUGGUUGCAUCACAAAAAAGAAAGCACUUUUGGAAAGACCAAUCUCUCUCCCCAGGAAGUGCUGGACGCUUGCAACAUCAGGCAUGAAAAAAGAUUAAAUCCAGUUUGGUGCUCGCUAGUGGCUUCGAAAGACCUGGAAGAUUAUAGGUCCUUGCCUCAGAUAUCUGCAAGUUUCUUAAGAAUAAAGGAUGGGAGCAUAUCUGUUUCUUUUAUACAGAAGUACCUAAUGAGGAAACUAAACCUUCCUGGUGAAGAUGAAAUUGAGAUCAGAUGCAGGGGCGAGCCGGUUGUCCCCACAUUACAACUGCAUAAACUGAUUGAACUGUGGCUGCAAAAAAUAUCAUCGUCUGAAAAAGUAUCUGCAAAAAUUGGCUCCUCAGCGAAGGAAUUUGUAAUGGUUUUGGGAUAUGCCCGUAAACCCCCAUCUGCUUGAGGAUAUACAUCUAUCUAUCGAAUGUUUCGUUUUAGUCGGGAGAAUUUCUGCUGAACUGGACACAACCAUCACAAUUUCUGCGUUUCUCCAUUUACACAAGCCCAUGAGCAAGUGCCUAGCCUGCUGACAUUACAAUGCAGCAUUUUUCUCCGAAACCUAAGCACUAUGCAUGGUGUGCUGGUGAUUGAGGGCGUGUUAACCACCAUGUUCAGCUGUUGUUAAUUGUGCUAAUUUUAAUUUUAUUUUUUAAUUUCGUUUACUAGUUGUACUAUUAUUCGGAGAACUUGUUGUAACUUGUAUAUACUAUUUAGAUGUGUUAUUACUGUCUGUUGUCUUUAAUCUUUGUCAAAAAGGAUUAAGUUCAGUUUGAUGGGUAUUUUUCUUUUUCAA